CAAUUCCGAAACCUAUAAUUUGACCAAUAAAAUAUCUAUUUCUCAGAUUAGGCUAUCGAUAAAAACCUGCAAUCAAAUGCCAAUUAUUAAAUCAGAUUAGUUAAUCUAAUGUUUUUGAGCACAAGAUUAAACUUCACAGUGUUGCCAUACAGAACAAUAGUAAACGUCACUGUUUGUUAUCAAAACAACGCAUGUUUUAUGAAAAAGAAGAAGACAAUUGUAAAUGUAAUAUGAAAAUCAAUAAAAACUUAAAUUUAAAACAAAAUAAUAUAUUGUGAAAUUGAAUGAUAUUCGGAAGAACAAGGAAUAUAAUGAAACUACGCGGUCAAAAAAUGGAAGACAGUUGAUUAAAUUUUGAAAAACUUCCGGUCGGCAAUAGCACCUAUAGAAGUGAAGUGAAUAUAACUUUAUGGACUUCAAAGGAUUUCAUUAAACAAAUUUCAGUGCAUAAGAAUGAUAUUGAUAUUAAAACUGUGAGGUUAUAUGACAAUUUCCAUGGGGAAAUUCAACAAUUUAAAGACCAAGAAAUGAUUUACGUUACAAAAACUCAUCAAUUGUUUUUAAAUCUGUUAAAGCCCCUGAAACCAGAACUAAAUUAUACUUUAAAUAUAAAAUAUUCCGGAAAUAUACGUAAUGAUGCUUAUGGACUUUUUAGAUUUAGUUAUGAUAAUAUAAGCUGGCAAGCUUUGACAUUAUUGCAGCCAAUAGGGGCUCGUCUUAUUUUGCCUUGCUUUGAUGAACCCGAAUUUAAAGCUAAAUUUAGAAUGAAAAUUAUAAGACCUUACAACUAUAGAAGCUUUUUUAAUACCAAAUUGUUAAAAACGGUAACUUUAAAUAAUUAUCUUGAAAUGGAUAUCUUUGUUUACACUCCCAUCAUGUCUUCCUAUUUGCUGGCUUUUAUGAUUAGCAAUUAUGUUUCCUAUGGUGAUAAUGAAAUACAGAUGAUAGCUCCCAUAGAGAUAAUCAAUAAAACCUAUUUUUCUUAUGAAGUGUUUGUGAAAUCAUUAAAUUUUUGCAAUUCCUUUUUUCCCAUGACCUAUCAGCAACUUGGCAAUACCUUAAUGCAAGCAACCAUUACAAAUAAGUAUAAAUAUUUAGCUGUGGAAAAUUGGGGUCUAAUAGUUUUUCGAGAUUAUAUAAUUUAUCAAAUACCCUAUUAUAAAGAUGAUUCGGUUCGUAAGCAUAAAUCUAUUGGCACCAUAAUACAUGAAGUGGUCCAUAUGUGGUUUGGUAAUAGUGUAACACUUAAAUGGUGGAGCCAUUUUUGGUUAAAUGAAGCAUUUGCUCGUUAUUUUGAAAUUAUUAUAGGAGAUAUGUUAUAUCCCUUUUAUAAAUUCGAACAACAAUUUGUUAUUAAUAAACUGCAUUCUGUACUUGAUAUUGAUGCUAAAACGAUGAGUGAACCUUUAACCAGUCGUGAGAUGAAUGUAAAUACUCCCUUAGAGAUCAAUUCUAAAUUAAAUCGGAUCACUUAUGAGAAAGGAGCUGCUGUCUUGCGCAUGUUUAGCAAUGCAAUGGGCAGAAAUAAUUUUAAUAAGGCCAUGAGAGAUUAUGUAAAAGAGAAUCACCUCAAAAACACACAACCGCAAGAUGUUUUCAAACAAUUAAGAAACUAUUGGCCCAAAAAUCAUCAAGUAAAUUUAAAAGAGUUCUUUCAAGAUUGGACAGAACAACCUGGUUAUCCCCUGCUAAUAAUAACAAUAACUAAACGCCGUGAAUAUCUCUUAAAACAACAACGUUUCCUAAUUAAGGAUAUGAAAAAUAUAAAGUUUUCUUCUUCCUUAACAUACACCAUACCAAUUACCUAUACAACCGAUAAGGAAAACGAUUUUCAAAUUCUAACUCCAAAAUUCUACUUUAAUAAAACUCUUUUAAAACUGAUCUUUGGAAAUGCAGAUCAAGACAAGUGGUUAAUAUUAAAUCUUCAACAAUCCAGUUACUGUCGUGUAUUAUAUGAUUCUGUAUUGUUGGAAAGAUUACGACAAGCUUUCUUAUCUUACAAACAUUCCGGAAUACAUGUAAUUAAUCGUGCCAGUAUGAUCAAUGAUCUAUUCACAUUUGCCCGAGAAGGUUUGUUGGAGUAUAAACAAGUUUUCCAUUUUAUGGAAUAUUUAGCUCAAGAAAGUGAAUAUUUACCAUGGAGAGUUGCUUUAAAAGAAUUAAAUACAGUUCGCAAAAGUUUCAAUCAACAACAACGCAACAAAUUUGCUGCUUAUAUUUCAAAACUGCUUGAUAUUGCUUAUCGAAAUUUGGGUUUUGAGAAAUCAAAUAUUUCUAUUUGGGAUAAAUAAAAAUAGACUAAAACAACUCGUAUUACCGAUUUAAAAAAAAAAAAACUUUAUAUUGUGCUGCUAUCGAAAGAAUAUAUAUUUGGAAAAGUAUUCUAAUAAAUGUAUCACUAUUAGAAUAGAAUUGGUUCAAAAAAUCUCUUUACUACUUUGGCACUAUAAUUUUUCACUUUAUUUCUUUUUUCUCAUAUGCCGUAAACAGUUUUAAUAAUAAUCCACAUACCUUUAAGUUUUGAACAUAUUUGAACAAUCACUUAUGAAAACAUAGUUAAACUAUAUUAUUCCGGAGUUAUGUGUGUAACAUUUUGCAACACAGCAUGUUAUUCUUAUAACUAAAAUACUUGUACAUGAAUAUAAUGUCAUUUUCUUGUAUAUAAUUAGAGAAACUGUGAAGGAGUGAGAAUCUAAGCAAUCAUGGUGAUUGAAAUAUACACAGUGAUUUUGAAGGAUUUCAGAUAAAUUACGAAAAAAAUAAAUAUCAAUACUAUAAUAAUAUCAUAACUAUUGUUAAUUUAAACUCGUUUUGUCAUUCCGUUAGUAAUUUGUACAAUAUAAUUUUCAGAUCCUGUAGUUUUAGAUAUCCAAGUACUUUUAGAUAUCGAAGUCGAUUUUGCCAGAUCUGUCUAUCUGUAUGUUUGUUGAAAUAAAUUUUCUAAAAAC